CGAGGUUGUAUAGAAUUCAGCUCGGCAAACCGAGUAGCUUUGCACCAUCUUUAGCACUGACUAUCGGCAAACAGAUCAUCAAAUAUCAAACAUGAAUUAGCUAAAAGUUCCUCCCUGCAAUGGAGCUUCUCCCAGCACUUGACGCUCAAGAGAGGCCAAAGGAAGGAAUAUGGUAUUCCCUAAUACCUAGCGGAAGUUCGCCGGGGGUUAGCGUGGGACACACCUGCACCUUCUGUCCUUGCGAGGAUGGAAGUAAUGGAAAGGUCCUCAUUGUUGGGGGAGCCAAUCCUUGUGGAAGCUUCUCGCGAACACACGCCAUAAAUAUGGAUUAUCUCGAGUGGGACAUUUUGGAGUGGAAGGGUCUGGCGCCUCGAUAUGAACAUUGCGCUUUUGUGCCACAGAGCCACCCACAGAGCUUGUGGGUGUUUGGGGGAGCCGAACAGACUGGCAACCGCAACUGCAUGCAGAAAAUACAAGUAGCAGAGAGCAAAGCCCACUGGGAAGACAUUGCAACAAAAGGAGAACCGCCCAGUCCAAGAACGUACCACACCAACUCCGCCUGCUUGGGUAAUGUGUUAUAUGUGUUCGCCGGUGGGGAAGCAGGAGCGUCGCCCGUCUCGGACAACAAACUCCACGUCUUCGAUACCGUGUCUUCCACUUGGACUCAACCAGAAACGUACGGCACACAGCCGGCAGCCAGGCAUGGACACGUUACCGUUGCAGCUGGCUCCAAAAUCUACGUUCACGGAGGAAUGGCAGGGGACGAGUUGUACGAUGAUAUGUACUCUCUUGAUACAAGUAACAUGACAUGGGAGAUGGUGCGGCCUAAAGGAGACAUCCCACCGGCAGUAGCAGCCCACUCAGCCAUGGCACUGGGUAACAAAAUUCACAUCUUUGGUGGAAUGACAGCAGUUGGAGCCAGCAAUGCUAUGUACAGAUUCAACACAGAACAAAACUCAUGGACUCUGAUGAAGUUUGAGGGAUAUUUGCCAUCUACCCGCCUAGACCACUGCAUGUGUUUACUGCCGUGGAAGGUGGACACUGGUGGCAGUGGGGAGCAAACAGCAUAUGCUCCAGCAAUAGCUCCAUUCUCAGCUCUUACCCCAGCUAAACUUCCAGCUCAAGUAAAACUUCCAGCCUCAGAAACCGCCUCAAUUCCUCCGUUUCCAUCAACAAAUUCAGAAACCGCUCCAGUUCCAACACAACUUCCAGCCUCAGAAACAGCUAUAGCUCCAACCGCAACCCCGGAAAAAGCUCUAGCCUCAGAUCCAACCCAAGAAAAAGCAUCAAUUCCAAACCUAGCAGAAGGUCCACUUCAAACCCCAGCCUCGACUCAAACCUCGCCAAUGCCUCUGUUUCCGUCAAACGCUUCAGCAGGGACAGUAAAUUCAGAAACCGCUCUGACUCCUGCAAACGCUCCAGCCUUAACUCAAACCUCAGCAUUUGUUGAUGUUCCAUCAGCAACUCCAGCGGGGAUAGUAAAUUUGGCUUUUGUAUUCGGUGGGAUGGACACACAGGGCAUCAUACACAAUGACUGUGUUGUAACCGUUGUUACAUGAUGGACUAAGACAUUUACACAACAACUGCACUUUUUUUUAAAUUUUGUCCAUCAUUCUCAAUCUGUAUGUAAGACAGGAACACAUGUUUUUUUUCCAUGCGUUUUAACUCAUAAAUAAACGCUAGCAAGAGUCAGCUAACAA